GGAGGUCGGGGUCCGGGGAGUGUCUGAGCGGCUCGUCGGCUUGAAUGUAAACCCGCAAGACGGCGAAGCCAAGGAGAGCAUCUGCAUGAACAAUGAAGCGGCUGCCUCGGAGGGAAACGACUCGGUGAUCGCUCGGAGGUGAAGAGGACGUGAGGAAGAUGGGGCUGAAGAAACGGCUCGAUUUGGUGGAUUUCCGUGGCGAGAAUGACCUCUAACGGUGCAGGGAAUUAGGAUUUUCUACCACUUUUGUUGCCCGGAGAGACAAAUCCUCACACAGACUGUCACAGCGGGUACCUCGGCGGGCUGCUGGUUGGUGACCAUCCACAGUAUCGGUCAAAGGCUUCACAUCUUCCAGCUUUAGUCACCUUAAUGUGUGAUUUUAUUUAUUUAUUUGCAUCAAUAGCUGAUUAUUGGCUGGCCUGUAGCCUGUUAGAUUUCCACCAAAAGUGCCAAAUACUUACUGGAAAGUCUUUCUAGAUUAAAAAGAAAAUAUUUUAUUUUUUCUAACUCACUUGCUUCAUUUAUUAGGUGUGGUUUAAUCACAGCAGAUCACCCUGAGCUGCACUGACUCUGUUUUUGAUGCCCUAAUCUGCUUGAUGUCAUGCCAUCUGUUGUGGGAACCUGCUUAAACCUGCAAGCAGAUUAACCAGUUAAAGGAUCCAAAACAAAAAAAAAAAAGGGCAUCCGUGAGGAGGAGGAAGAGGAAGAGGAGGAGGAGUUUCUGUGCUGUCCCUCCAGGUGAAGGGAUGCUGAGGGCCACGGUGGGCUCGGUGGAGGAGAGGGACGAGGAGCAGGAGGAUGAAGGCGACGAAGAGCUGAGGGACGGAGGGGUGCCUUUCUACGUCAACAGGGGAGGCCUCCCGGUGGACGAGGAGACUUGGGAGAGGAUGUGGCGCCAUGUGGCUCGAAUCCACCCCGGCGGCGAGGCGCUGGGGAAGGAGAUCAGGGGUGCCACCGACCUGCCCAAGAUUCCAGUACCGAGUGUGCCUACAUACCAACCUACCACCAGUAUCCCACAGCGCCUGGAAGCCAUACAGAAGUAUAUCAGGGAAUUGCAGUACAAUCACACAGGAACACAGUUUUUUGAGAUAAAGAAAAGCCGUCCUCUGACCGCGUUAAUGGACAUCGCUAAGGAGAUGACUCGGGAGGCUCUGCCGAUCAAAUGUUUGGAGGCGGUGAUCCUGGGGAUUUACCUCACCAACAACAUGCCCGGCGUGGAGCGCUUCCCCCUCAGCUUUAAGUCUCAUUUCUCAGGGAACCACUUCCACCACAUCGUGCUGGGAGUUCACAGCGGGGGACGCUUCGGCGCGCUGGGCAUGAGCCGGAGGGAGGACCUCAUGUUCAAGCCCCUGGAGUUCCGAACGCUGAUGGACCUGGUGCAGGAAUACGAAGGAGCCUACAGGGGCUACUGGCACACCCUCCGCAAGGUCAAAAUCGGCCAGUACGUGUCCCACGACCCUCACAGCGUGGAGCAGAUAGAGUGGAAGCACUCCAUACUGGAUGUGGACAAGCUGACCAAGGAGGAGCUCAGGAAGGAGCUGGAGAGACACACUCGAGACAUGAGGCUGAAGAUAGGAAAGCCUGCACCUCCAUCUCCCACCAAAGACAGGAGGAACAGCAUGGGUUCACCCCUCAGAGGGCCAGGCAGCCCCAUACGGAGGAUCAGCCGCGUCGAGAGACGUCCCUCUGGAGAGAAGAAGGUUUUGGAACAAAAAUCAUCAACAGAUAUGAAUGGAUACCAGAUUCGAGUCUGAGGAAGACUUUUGGUUUGAAUCUUAAGGUGCAGCACAUUUGUUUUAAUGGGGCCAGUGAUUUAAUCGUUUUGUACACAUUGGCCUAUUCACUGGAUGCAAUGUUGAAUAGGUCACCAGCAACCUCCCAAAACAAACGCCUCAUUCAGCUUUCCUACGUUGUUACAGGCUUUUUUUCUCUCUGUAGCAGUUACUGUGCAUAGUAAUUGGUGCUGGCAUCGCUCCCGAUUUAUAGAAAGAGGGAGUGAAAGUGCAGUAAUACGUCAACGGUUUUUAAAUUACUGCAGAGUUGUGCUUCACGCGGCACAAUGUGAAAUAUGAUUCUUGGCUGAAGCCGGCCAAAAGUACCACUCAGUGUAAAUGUGCUACUGGACAUAUCAUAGGUCUUUGUGCUGUUAUCGUUUCGGAACAGAAGCUCUCGAGGGUUCGUCUGCAAUCCGUAUCGUCGUACUGUAAGUGUGCAAAUACGUGUCAUGUAAUAUAAAUCCACCUAGACUCCGCCGGGCAACGACAUUCUUGUGUAGUGACUAGUUUGCAAACCACUACCCUUGUGCCUUGUAUGAAGACUUUUUUUUAUAUCCAGCCGGUUAUUCUCAUUAUUCAGAAAGCAGUGUAAUCCCUGCUCUUCCAAAUUAUUAAAAAAAAAUAGACUGGCAAGCACCCAGCACCCAGAGGUGAGCAUGUUUGGCAUGCUUUUACCCUCUAGGACUGAAUAUGGGGUUGAAUAGAUAAUAUACCGACGUGUAAGAAGGCAUCUGGCUGCAAAUUAUGAAUCAUUAGUUGAACCAGAUUAACGGCAAAUCCUCUGAUGGACCUAGUCUGCAUUUAAUGUAGACGUAAAAUAACAAGAAGUCAAUUUAUUUGUAUUGUAUAGCUGCUUUCUAUUUACAGUAAAUACCUUGUUUGUAAGUUUUAUUUGUAGCAACUCUAUCCAAUGUUUCACUGGCCUUAAGUGGCGUCAAAGCAACUGACUUCCAUUUAAGAUGUAAAGCAGUUUGUUUACAGCACUUUUAUCUGCAUUUUGUAUUUUUUUAUUCCGUCGUUUUAUACUACCUUCAGUGUAGGUGAUCACCAGUAAACUCUUAGUAUUUGCCACACACUGUUUUAAAUGUUGCUACAGUCAACAUGUUUUUUUUAAUCUGUACAGUCGGUGUUCAUUUUAAUUUCUGUAACGCAGUUGUUUUUGUACCAAAAGACCGUUGAUUUACAGGAUCACAAUAAAGGGUCACUAUGAUUGUGGCAACAUGGUU